AUGGUGGAGUACUAUGAAGCCCUGGGCAUUCCCCGCAGCGCCUCCUCUGACGACAUAAAAAAGGCGUACAGGAAGGCGGCGCUGAAAUGGCACCCGGAUAAGAACCCGGGGAACAAGGAACACGCCGAGCGGAAGUUCAAAGAGAUCACAGAGGCCUACGAAGUGUUGUCAGACAAGAGCAAGCGCGACCUCUACGACCGCUACGGCAAGGACGGGCUCACGGGGGCAGGGACUGGGGAUCUCCGGGAUGGUGCCAGAGCUCCGGGCUUCACCUUCACCUUCCGGGGCGCAGACGAGGUCUUCAGAGAGUUCUUUGGGGGCCGAGAUCCUUUUGCCGACUUCUUUGAUGACGUGGGCCUGUUCUCAGAUCUGCAUGCCGGAGGGCCCUGGGACCACGGACAGGGGGGCCCCUCUGUUGCCUACUCCUUUUGCUCCUACGCCUUCCCAGAGCAGUCAGAUUUCUUCUCGUCAUUCAGCCCAGGCACCGACCCUGGAAUCGGCUUCUGCUCGGUUUCCACUUCCACCACCUUCGUCAACGGCAAACGCAUCACCACGAGGAGGAUCAUCGAGAACGGCCUGGAGCGGGUGGAAAUCGAGGAGGAUGGAGAGCUGAAAGCUACAGAGGUGAAUGGUGAGGAGCAGAGCUUCUGGGCCUCCGGAAGGGGGUUGUGCAGGGCCGGUAACAUGCUGUGUGCCUGCCCUGGCCGGUGCAAUUACCAGGGAGACUGGGGGGAAGUCUGACGGGAGAGGGAACUCAGCCCACAGGGGCCUGGAACGUAGACUCUGCCUGGUGCAGAAAAUGGGAACCAGAGCAGUUCAGUAAGUAGCCCGGGCUAGCCCCGCCCAAUGCUGGGUGAGCAGACGGGCGUCGGGAGUAUCUGCGGGAGAGGGGAGCGCCUGUCGCAGAGACAGCGCUCCUGGGACAUGGCCCGACGCUGCAUCCCCACCCGGUGCUGACAGACAGGCAAUCUCCCCUCAGCCGUUGGCCCUGGGGGACAUUGUCCCUCGCACCUGGGGCUAACUGGCCCCUUAUUGGCAGUGUCAGCAGAGGAGCCCCAGGAAUCUCUCCCAGCUGGAGGUGGGGCGGGGGGGUUCU